AUGAGAAAGUCUUUAAUUUUAUUCGAAAUUUUAACAAUAUUGUGCCUCACGCAAGGCCGAACUGGCAAGAACUGGCGUCAGGCCAUGUACGAUGGCUGUUUGGAACCUUUACCCAACAAAAACCUAGAUAUAUGGCGUCUGCCCAAGCACUGGCAUCGCCAGUACACGUAUCCGCCGAUCUACAUGAAUACCGUGUGCCCUGCAGAAGAUAGUUAUGUGUAUUUGUCGCUGGAAAAUCUUGCCAAUCCGCCUUUGAAUUAUUUUCCCCUACUGCCAGUACCAUUUUUAUUGUGUACGGACUACAAUCAUUAUGCGGUUUUGGUGUUUUGUUAUGUGGAGAAAAAGGAACAGGACUUUCAAGUGUUUUAUAAUCAAUCCAUGGUCUUGACUGUGGAAAAACACCCAAUGGAGUCGAUUAUCAAAAAAACCCAAAUAUGCCUGAAGAAUUUUCCCGAGUUUAAGUUCUUUCAGAAUAUGACCAAAGUUCGGUUUUUAAACUGCUAA